GUGGCGGGUCCACUUGGCAGCCCCACCUCCUUACCCCAGGUGGCCCCAAAUCCCCUCUGAAAGGGUGCAGUUCAGGUAUCAGCAUCGCCACCUGUAAGACUUGGGCUGGGGUGGAGAGGGCAUGGAAGGCUUAGAUCAAAUGUCCUGAGUGAGGCAGGACUAGUUUGUCCCCGACACAAAACGGCUGGGAAGGAGCUACCACGGACUCCCAUUUUUGAAUCAGACCAGCCCCAGGCCUGAGCUGACUGUCCACAGUCCUUGGAUUAGUCAUAGCACUGAAGAGGAGGAGAAGACAGCACCAGGCUGAGCCUGGCAGGGAGUCUGGAGUUACUGGUUUCUAAAACCAUGCAGGCGUCAGCCAGGGGAGGGGCCUCCAUGUAGGGGAAGGGCCGGAAGCUGGGGCAGGGCCCCAGGCAGCUGUGCAAGGCUGCGCAAGAAGAGGCAACAGAGAAGAGAACAGAAAGGAUCCCGAUAGCCUUUCGAAACUCAGGAGAGUGGCCACUCCAGCUUUGACCACCUAAGACACCACUCCUGCUCCAUUUGUUAUUCUGAGCCCUCUGCUUACCCUGUACCCCAAGGAUGGAGCCACUGCUAGGAGUGAAAAUUGGCUGCCUGUUCGCCAUGCUGGUUCUCACUCUGAUCUGUGGCCUCAUUCCCAUCUGCUUCAAAUGGUUCCAGACUGAUGCAGCCACAGGUCGACACCACUGGAUCCUCAGCCUCCUGGGCUGCACUUCUGCUGGCAUUUUCCUGGGAGCGGGGUUCAUGCACAUGACGGCUGAAGCCUUGGAAGGAAUUGAAGCAGAGAUCCAGAAGUUGGUGACACAGAACAGGACAAAAAGUGAGGGAAAUUCUUCUGACGAUGCUGAUUCAACUCAUAUCAAGUAUCCCUAUGGAGAGCUCAUCAUCUCCCUGGGCUUCUUCCUUGUCUUCCUUCUGGAGUCGCUGGCAUUGCAGUGCUGUCCUGGGGCUGCUGGAGGAUCAACAGUGCAGGAGCAGCAGUGGGGUGGAGCUCACGGCCUUGAACUCCACAGCCAUGGACCUCUACCCUCACCGUCUCGGGGUCCCCUGCGAGCCUUCAUCCUCUUGCUCUCACUCUCCUUUCACUCCGUGUUUGAAGGUCUAGCUGUGGGGCUGCAGUCCACAGUGGCAACCACCGUGCAGCUCUGUCUUGCUGUCCUGGCUCACAAGGGGCUUGUAGUGUUCAGUGUAGGACUGCGGCUGGUGCAGAGACACACUGGAUCACGUUGGGCCAUGCUCUCCAUACUGUCCUUAGCUCUCAUGUCCCCCCUGGGCCUAGCCCUAGGGCUGGCUGUGGCUGAAGGAGACUCUGAGGCGGGGCAAGGCUUGGCCCAGGCUGUGUUAGAAGGUGUGGCGGCUGGCACCUUCCUGUAUGUCGCCUUCCUAGAAAUUCUGCCCCAGGAGCUAGCAAGUCCUGAGGCCCCUCUGGCCAAGUGGGGCUGUGUAGCUGCUGGUUUUGCCUUCAUGGCUGUUAUUGCCUUGUGGGCCUGAGAGAUUCCUGAUUUUUCUGAUGGACCUAAGAUGACCUUAUCCUCAGGAGACACCAACUAAAUGACCUUAGCCCUUAGACACUUCUUCACUGAGACAAAGUGUCAAUCACUAGGCAUCAUUUCCUUAAACUGGACCCCAGCUUUUCCCUCCAUGAGGUCCGAUUUCUCAUGCAGGACUGAGAAAAGGAUCUUUCGUUUGAGUGCCCAUAAACUGGAGAAUUGAUAUAAAGAUCAUCAUUUUUGGUCUUUAUACUUGACUCUUGGCCCAUUUAUGCUACUGUGUGUAAUAAAAUGUCCAUUUUAUCCUUCCCCUUUAGCCAUGCUCCACUUCACUGCUAGGAGCUGCCUGGUGCAGGAGGUGGUGGAGUGGGAAGGCAGAAGGGUGAGUGUGCGGUGCCAUCUUCUCUUCUGGAAUUGGGCCGCUAGCCAUUCUAUCCAUUGUGGGCCAUGCCCCUUAAGACAUGGGAGCAUGGCUGAAAUUUCAACAGCUCGCUACCACCUUAUGCACAGGUGUUGAGAAACUGAGCCAGAGUUCCCGGCACUGAGAGAGAGGAAGUUUUAACAAGAGAAACUAUGGGAAUCUAGUUGUUUUCCCCCUACGCUAACCACACCCAUCCCACGCCUACUACCUGUUAUCGCCUCCCAUCACUGUCCAGCGGACUCUUGAGAUAAGGCUAAAUGGAGACAAUUUCUACCUGUUUUUCACACUGAACCCUGUAUGGCCUCAGGGACACUGUUGCUCUUCUCUGAGGCUCUGUCUCCUUCCAGCUGCCUUAUGCUAAGGGACUAAGAAGCAGUGUGUUUGGAGAGGGAGCAAGGCGCUGGAUAAAUGCCUGGGGUGAUUAUUCGGCUCUGCCACGACUUACUGGCUUUCCUACUACCUGACUCACCUGCCCCUGUGGCCCCAGCCCCUUCCUUCCAGACCAUUCACCUUUCGGUUUGAGUAACUCCUACAACGUGUUGCUUCUCCUCGAAACUGCUAAGGACAUAAGAUUGUUCACUAUGUCUGCGAGUCUGUUACUGUUUUGUAGAUGAGUUCUUACGGUUCCUGGGGGGAGAGGGUGGGAAGGAAUAAAAUUUGGGAGUUUGAGAUUUACAAAUGUUAGCCACUAUAUAUAAAAACAGGUUUUUUAAAAAAUUUCUUCUGUAUAGCACAGGGAACUAUGUUCAAUAUCUUAUAAUAACCUUUAAUGAAAAAAUACGAAAAUGAAUAUAUGUGUGUAUAUGCAUGACUGGGACAUUGUGCUGUGCACCAGAAAUUGACACAUUGUAAUUGACUAUACUUCAAUUAAAAAAAAAAUUUUUUUUUUAACUGCUAAGAAUAAGUACAGAAACUGAUUCUCUGGAGUUGAGGAGCAGCAGGAUGUCUGUGGCUCAGCCCCUGAGGUAUGAGAUGGAGGACUAUUUGAGACUCAGUGGAGAAACUGGGAAGAGAAAGGGUGCCCUGUGAGCCCCACGGCUCACCAGUUUGCUCCUUCUCAUGUUUUCGGUGCGGAAGCCCAAGUGGCCUUGACAUGGACAAAGUCUCCUGAGUUUCAUUCUUAGCUCGAUCUGUCUCCUGUCCGUCCCAUUCCCCUCCCCGUAAAUUGCAAUACUCAAACCUCCUCACAAA